UUCAAAAGUCAAAAAUGAAAUGAAAUAUCAACCUUCUUAAUUUUCUAAGCUGCCUAAUAUUGUGUCAUGAGUAAGGGAGAAUUGUUUUUAGAUGCUGUUAAGAGAAUCGGCUUUCCUGGAGCUCAACAAUAUGAAGCAUCAGAUUUCGAUCCCUUUUUCUCCAAAGCAGAACUACUGCCUCUGUUGGACUGUUUUUGUUUACUUAAUGAAUCGAAUUUUUUAACUACAGAAGAAGUUUGUGAAUACAAUUCACUAAGCUCAGCAGAUUUGGAAAAAAUUAAUAUUUUGGAUCAAAGUUGUGCUCUGGAUGAGUUGGAAAAUGUUGAACACCAAAAAAGAGAAAUUGAAAUGCUUGAGAAACAACUGGCUCUUAUUGAGAAACAGAAUGCUGCCCUUGAAAAGCAAAAGAAUACUUUCAAAGCACAUGAAUUGAAAGCUUAUGAAGACAAAGAUAAAGCUGAAAAAUUGCUAAUACGAGCCAAACGAAAACUUCAAAGAAUGGAUUAUAGUGUCGCUGAAGCUGAAAAAAAAGUUUCUGAAACCAUCGCAUCUAUAUCUGAGGCCAUCAAGGAGUUUGAAGCUCAGCUAACCAAUGACAGUGCAAAGAAUAAUUUGCCAACAUCCAUUAAUUUUAAGGAUCAAGUAGAGCAACUUUUGCAAAUUGAGAAGAAAAUUGCCAGUCAUGUAGAAACUUACAUACAAAACAAUUUUCAAGCCGAGAAGGAAUGCAACAAUCUAGUAGCCUCCGAUUCUGAGCUUCAGAAAGAGCUUAAAGAAAUAUUUUUCUUCAAACAAAGAUUACAAGGAUCAGAAUUAGAGAAAAUAAGAGUGAUGGCCAGCCUUGAAAAGUCACAAGCAGCUCUGAAUUUCUUUGACAAGUUUGAAAAAGAUGAAAAUUAUUUUAAUUGUUUCAAAAGCGCUUCAAAUGUAAGGAAACAAUUGGAAGAAGCAACAGAGCUUAAUAAAAAACACCAACAAAAAGAAAAAGAGUUGUACUCUUAUUUAUCGGAGGCUACUUCGGAUCGUGUCAAUGCCUGCUGCUUUGAGAGUGCUCUGGAGAGAUCUGAAGAGACAUUAUUGCAGUUUCGACAUCAAAAAGAAAAAAUUUCUUUGCCAGCAAAGAUGUUGUAUGACCAGCGACUCAGGCUAGAACUGCUGAUGUUUAAUAUGAGCUUGUACUACAAUAACCUUUUCGAUUUGAAAGAUCACAUUGAAAGUUCAGCUGAUUGGUUAGAAUCAGAAACUGCUUCCUUGUGUGAACGAAAGGAGAAAUAUGAUGAAAUGAUGAAAAUAGAAGAUCCAGAAAUGCAUGAUUACCUGACUGAAAAUCCUGUUCUGAUUUCACUUUAUAAAAUGUUAGUGAAUGCAGAUGACCUGGAACUUUUAAAUGACUCCCAUCCAGCUUUGCCUGACAUUCUAAAGCAACUAAAGAAGUUAGAGGAUAAGAAAAUAAAGCUGUCAAAAUUAGAAGAGGAAUUUCAGCUACAAGUUGAAUCUGUUGAGAAAUAUAGCUGGUCUAUUGAUAAAUUUUUCUCUGGAGAACAUAAGGAACAUCCUGAAUUUUGCGACCUUGACGGAUCUAUUAAUGUUGAACUCAACAGUUUAAGUCUAAGAGUUAUGAGUCUUGAAUCUAAGAUGUCAGAAUUUCAGCAACAGUUUAACCAAAAGAAAAAGCUGCUAGAAAGGAAGAAAAAUUUGGCUUUGAAGAGGAAACUGUUUGCAUAUGCACUCACGAACAGAGAACUUUUUGAAAAGACCAUGAAAGAAAUUAAAGUAGCCAUGGAAAAAAAUAUGAAACAUACUUGAUAUUUUGUAAUUGUUGCAUACUUAAAUUCUGUAAUUGUUUUUCCUU